GAAAUGAGUUGGUUUUUUAAAUCUAUUUUACUCUCGCUGUUUAUUUUAAUUCCAAUUAGUUCAGUGGCGAAUCAAUGGCAGCUCGGAAUCAGGGAAUAUAAUUUUGCCAAUUGUGUUGAACAUUUAAUAGUCGCUGAAAAUGUGGAUCAUACAAAAAACAUUCGAAUUAGUGUAAAAACGGAGGAUGGUGGUUUUGGAAGCUUUAUUGCUGGUGAUAUAAUCGAUCGACUCAGAGCUAGGUUGAAAAACGAUUUUACAACAUUUGAGCUUUUAUCAAUAACAAAUAGAAACCCUAUUUAUGAAAUUCACACUCGAUUGAUAAUUGUGGAUUCUUUUGAUUCGCUUAGGUAUAUACUUCAACUCCAACGGCAAACUACUCACGACAUCCAUGGAUUACUCCAGUACUAUUACAUUAUCCUGAUAAACUACCAGGAAGGCACCAAUGUCAUAGAAAAAAUUCUGGAAUUUUGUCUUCAAAUGUCCAUUGUCAAUGUCAACCUCAUUGUUGAAGAUCCAAAGGGAACUGACACAAUUUACACAUUUUUUCCAUUUACCGAGAACAGCUGUCGCCGAGCUACACCAAUAAUUUAUAAUCGUUUUGAAGAUGGCAAACUCCAAUGGAAUCGAAAAGUAUUUCCAAGGAAAACCAAAAACUUAUGGUUGUGUCCCGUUAAGGCGGUCACAUGGCAUAAACCUCCUUUUGUUUUUCUCCAUGAAGAUCAAGAAGUUUCAGGAAUUGACGGGAAUUUUUUAAUCUUCUUAUCAAAAUCCAUGAAUUUUACACUCGAUGUGUUUGAAUCCCCACAGGGAUUAGGGGAAGUUCGUUCUAAUGGAACGAUGAGAGGUGCCUUUAAGAUAUUAGAUGAUAAGGAGAGUGAUUUGAUGGUUGGCGGGACAAUUUGUUCGAAACCGAGGAGGGCGUAUUUGGGCUGCUCAAGAGACUACUUUAUGACAUCGGUUCAGAUCUUAAUCAAGAAGCCUAGCCCCUAUGGUUCACUCGAGGUUCUGCUGUUUCCCUUCGAUUCACAAACUUGGUGCACAUUUUUUAUGUUCCUCUUCAUGAAUCUAAUUGCUCGAGCUUUAUGUAAGAAGAUUGCAAGGGGCUUCGGUGGCAAAGGAGUUCUGCCGAUGCGUCUGCAAAUCAUCACGUGGCUCCUGAGUUUCUUCAUAAUUCGAAGUUCCUAUGAAGGCUCAAUAUUUCAGUUCCUGCACAAUCAGCCAAUGCGACGAGUUCCCCAAGACUUCGAAGAGGCCUUAGCUGAGGGCUACAUCUUUAUAGCCAAAUCAACAUAUUUGCCAUUCAUCAAACACAUCCCUCUGCUGGUUGACAAACUGAUACUCACUUCUGUUCCUCUGUCGAAACUGUUUGACGAAUUUGACAAAUUCAAUGGAAAAUAUGCCCUCAUAAAUUUGGACAACUAUCUCACGGCUAUAGCUAAUGAUUCUUCAAGGUAUGGCCAAUAUGUCGAAGUGCGAGAGCCUAUAUUGCAUAAUAUUGUUUGCAUGUAUUUGCAAAAGUUUUCAUUUCUGACUGAGGAAAUAAAUCGUCAAAUCGAGAUGAUGGUCAAUCAUGGACACAUGGAAAAAGUCUAUGAAAUGUCGGUAACUGAUAAAUUGAGAAAAUUCAAAGGGGCACACGGCAGCGCGGUGCACACAAUACCGCUGAACGAAAUAACUGGGGCUUUUGAACUGCUUUUCUUUGCGAUUUCAGUAGGAUUUUUGAUUCUACUGAUGGAAAUUUAUGCUGGAAAAUGUGUGAUUUUGAAGAAAGUUUUAGAUUUUUUCCAUUAA